GCUGAGUCACCUGACCAAGACCCUGUCGUUACAAUGGCGGCGCCCAUGCUGCGCUGGGUCGGCCGUGGAAGACGUUGGACUUUCGCCCGGGUUGACGGCGGUUCUUGCCACCGAAGAGGGGCUCCGACUGGGUCCACAUCCAACCGGAUUAGGGAACAGAGCUCAGUGGCUCAGCAGCCCCUCUACACUACCCAGAAGCCGAGGAAAGGUGAACACAAAUGGGCUGCUGUGGUAGGUUUGGAAAUUCAUGCCCAGAUUUCCUCCAACUCUAAACUCUUCUCUGGAUCUCAAGUUCGCUUUUCAGCACCUCCAAAUUCUUUGGUUUCUUUUUUUGAUGCAUCUCUACCUGGAACUUUGCCGGUUCUCAACAGGAGGUGUGUAGAAGCGGCGGUGAUGACAGGCCUGGCUCUGAACUGCCACAUAAACAAGAAGUCCUUGUUUGACAGGAAGCACUACUUCUAUGCAGACCUCCCUGCAGGCUACCAAAUUACCCAGCAGAGGCUCCCAAUUGCUGUGAAUGGGAGCUUGACAUACGGCGUCUGUGCAGGGAAGAAGCAGAGUCAGGUGAUCCCCAAGACGGUGAGGAUCAAGCAGAUCCAGUUGGAGCAAGACAGUGGCAAAAGCCUCCACGACGACCUGAGGUCGCAGACGCUCAUUGAUUUGAACAGGGCAGGCGUGGGCCUUCUGGAGGUGGUCCUGGAGCCCGACUUGUCUUGUGGAGAAGAGGCGGCAGCAGCUGUCAGGGAGCUGCAGCUGAUCCUUCAAGCCCUGGGGACCAGCCAGGCGAACAUGGCAGAGGGCCAGUUGAGAGUGGAUGCCAAUAUAUCCGUGCAUCACCCUGGGGAGCCUUUGGGCGUUCGAACGGAAGUGAAGAAUCUCAACAGCAUCAGGUUCCUGGCCAAAGCCAUAGACUAUGAAAUUCAGAGGCAAAUCGAUGAACUUGAGAAUGGAGGUGAAAUUCUGAAUGAAACACGCUCAUUUCAUCACCAGCUGGGGUACACCAUGUCAAUGAGAGACAAAGAAGGAAAACAGGACUACAGGUUCAUGCCAGAACCCAACUUGCCUCCCCUGGUGCUCUACGACGCCACAUCUCUGCCCGCAGGUGCAGACCCACAGCAAGUGAUCAAUAUUGACCAGAUUCGGGAGACACUCCCGGAGCUCCCCAGCGUGACCCGAGAGAGGCUCGUCCAACAGUAUGGGAUGCUGCUGGAACACAGUUUCACUUUGCUGAACGAAGUCGGCCUACUGGAGUUCUUCCAAAAUGUGAUAAAAGAAACUAGGGCAGAGCCAAAAAAGGUGACUAGUUGGGUCCUCAACACUUUUCUGGGCUAUUUAAAGCAACAGAACCUCGCUGUCAGUGAGAGUCCUGUCACACCCUCUGCACUCGCUGAGCUUCUUGACCUGCUGGACAGCAGAGCGAUUUCUUCAGCAGCAGCUAAACAGGUGUUUGAGGAACUGUGGAAGAGGGAAGGCAAGACCCCAGGGCAGAUUGUUUCAGAAAAGCAGCUUGAACUGAUGGAGGACCGGGGGGCACUGGAGCAGCUCUGCCACUCCGUGAUGGAGGCCCAUCCUCAAGUGGUGACUAUCUCGGGCAGGGGAGAGGGCCAGAGCCACCUGCAGAGCCAGCCCCAGGACACGCCCAAGAGCCUCGCCAUCACUCUCUGUGGCAGCCCAGAGGCUCUUCCUAAGAAUGACUGGCCCAGUUUCAUCUACAGUUCCCUCAUGGUCAUCUUUUUAGUUAAGGUAAUGGAUUUGAAGGAGGGAAACCCCAGAGCUAUAAAUAAACUGAUUGGGUUGGUCCGGAAAGCGACGCAAAGCCGAGCAGAUCCAGCCAUGAUAAAGGAGAUCCUGGAGAAGCUGUCUUCGUGAGAUGUUUGGGGUCCCCAUGCCCAAGGGAGAACAGUGCAGCCCGACUGGGAGCGGGAUCCUGUGAAAGCGGACGCCCAUGUGCCCUGAGAGCUGCCUCUCAGUCCCUGUCCCGAGCCACAGCUAUGGCGUCAUGCGUACCAGUGUUCUCACCCUCUGGGCCCUGUGCCCGGAGGUGCCUCCACAGCCAACCAGAGCCACCCGGCCUGCUUCAUCCACAUCAGGAGGGUCCGGUGGUGGCUGUAGCAGUGGUUAAGGAGCAACACCUUCUUGUAUGAAGGAAUUUUAAACUAAAUAAAAUGUUAUGUUAGAGAUACUGUUACCCAUUCUAAGAAAACUUUUCAUUCUGCAGUUCCUUCAACAAAUAUUUUUGAGCAACUCCUACGGGCCAGCCAUUGUUGUAGGUGAUGGGCAUUAGCAGUGGUCAAGAGAGACUGUAAUUUGGAUAUACUGUUUUCAGACCUAAACACAGGUUAACAAAGAUGAAAACACAACCAAAUAAACUGGCACGGUAUAAACACACAUUUGUGUAAGGAGGUCUCAAGAGGGUGGGAAGGGAGGAUAUUAUUAGAAUUAAUCAACCUAUUAACUGAGUAGAAGUGAUACUGCCUGUUCAACUCCCUACCCAUCCCAGAAGGCGCAGGUCUGAGAAUAAAUGAAUUUUAAAAAGUAAAUUUUCAAAUAAAUUUAAUCAAUAAAAUAUAUACUGAAAUAGCACAUAAAAAUUAACUUACACUUCAAAGAUUGUGCAGUUGACAACUCCCCCCAACUCCCCCAACCCUCAGGCCAAACAAGAUAAAAAGAAACAAGAAAAAAGUUGUAACAUGAAAUUGACUUGUUUUGCUUGGAAAUAAGAUUAUAAAUUAGUAAAUCACAAUCUUGACCUUUCACGAUAAUGGCGGUGCGCUGCAGGCAUGACAAUGAAGGCGGGACUGUCUGCACCCCUGUGCUUGUGACACUAAUACUGUUCUCUCCACUGCACCGGAGCACACCUUCAUUCGGUGUAUGCCUUUGUUACCUCUGACUCACGUCGCUUAAAGACCAGUUUUGCAAAUGUUGUUUUUUAAAAGCAUACUUGUCAAAACUGUGAUGUAAGAGGAGAAAAUGCUUGGAGGCCUUGAUUUGAAGCUGUGAACCUGUAGCCUACCAAGGACAGCACAAAUAUUCCCGUUGUGAACGCUGCUCCAGAAGCAGCUGAGAACUAGGAAAAAGUGGACACCCCUCCAUCACCAAUUCAGUGACUCAUGCUUCCUGGCUUGUACAGUUGCUCAGGACUUCCCUGAGAGUGAUGAGAAAGGUGCCCCUCUUCCCCAGCCCAAAAGGUAGGCAGGGAAAGGUAACCAGUUGUGUGGUUCAUUUUGGACAGGCGUGAAAAAAUCUUUUAAAAGAAUUAGU